CCACAAGCAGCCCCACCAGCCAACAGUGCUAGCCAGUAGUCGAGCGUGAAUAGACGGCCGUAAAGCGUACGUUUUGUGGGAAUAGCGGACAAGUGAACGUGACGAACGAACGAACGCGUUUUGUAGUGUUUUCCUCAGUUGUUUGUUGUCACAAAAACAGAGAAGUGAAAAUAAAAAUACAGAAAAAUCUGUGAAAAGCACAAAAGCAACCGAAUCAACAUCCGGCACAACAUGUAAAUCAGCAUAAAUAACACGAAAUUGGUUUUUACAAAGUAAAGUAUUUUUUCCAAACAAAAAGUUCAGAUGUCGCCCACAAAGCUGCCAAAGACAGACUGUUGAUUUUACUCCUCCUACUCCUCUACUAAAAGUACAAAUAACAACAAUGGGCAAUACUUGCAAGAAAUCACAAAAAAUACCCGACGAUGUUGAUGAUGGCCUGGAAACAUUGGACGAAUAUCGCAGCCGUUGGCGUUCGGUGCGCGUUAUUUAUUUCACAAUGUUCCUGAUGUCACUCGGUUUCAGUAUUAUACUUACUGGCAUAUGGCCGUACUUAAAUAAGCUAGAUCCAAAGGCGGGCAAGGAGUUUAUGGGUCUCAUUGUGGCCGCAAAUCCAUUGGGUCAGAUGAUUUUUAGUCCGCUCUUCGGUUGGUGGAGUAAUAGAAUCGGCUCAAUCCGUUUACCAUUACUAUGUUCGUUGGUGCUAUUCACAUUCGCUAGUGGGCUCUAUUCAUCGUUGGAAAUGCGUCCAGAUAAUGUUAGAUUCUGGAUGUUGAUCUCACGUUUUCUAAUUGGUGUCAGUUCGGCAAAUAUUGCAGUUUGUCGUUCGUACUUAUCGGCGGCGACGCGUUUGAGCGAACGCACGAAAGCCGUUUCGAUGGUGUCACUGGCGCAGGUGUUGGGCUUUAUUGUGGGACCUGGUCUGCAGACGGCUGUAACGCCAUUGGGUAAUGAGGGCUAUACUUUUCUUUGGGGCUCCCUUGUAUUUAACAUGUACACCGCUUGUGGCUGGAUAAAUGUAUUUAUGAGCAUUGGCAAUUUCAUCAUGUUUCUGCCGGGACUAUUUGAGGAACAUAAGAUCGCUGCACGCGAAAUAAUGAUAAAACAGGGUAAAAGUUCGGAACGUGAAACAUGGAAGGCCAUCAAACCGGAUUAUGUGUCAGCGUGGACUUUAAUAAUGGCGUUCUUCGUGUUGGUCUUCAACUUUGUACUGCUCGAAACACUCGGCACAUCUCUAACCAUGGACCAGUUUGCGUGGAGCGAUCAUGAAGCGCUCUACUACAUGGGCAUACUGAUGGCAGUUGGCGCUAUUGUCGCGCUCGUCACAUUCAUUGCCAUCAAUCCGCUUUGUAAAAUUUUUCCCGAACAUUAUGUACUUAUAUGGGGUGGCUUUUCGUUAAUGGUACUUGGGCGUGUGCUGUAUAUACCUUGGGGCGAUGGACCACCCGUUAUUGCAGAAGUUUAUAAUGUCACAAUACCGUUAACGGGCAAUGCUACAAUGGAUCUCGAACCGAGUAAUGCCGUAUUUCUCGGCUGCCCCAAAACACAACCUUGGUGUGAGCUAACACCAGCGCUGACUCUAACACAAUUCAUCAUCGGCUAUGCAUUCACUUCGAUUGGUUAUCCGAUUGGUGUCACUUUGAUACAAACGAUCUUCUCAAAGGUUUUGGGUCCGCGACCGCAAGGUGUUUGGAUGGGUCUUAUGACUGGUGCGGGUUGUCUGUCACGCGUUUUGGGUCCUGUUUUCGUAGGUGUGAUCUAUACGCGUUAUGGUACUUACUGGACGUUCGGCAUAACAUCGGUGAUGAUGUUCGUCGCGAUGAUUUGGCUGCUGGUAGAGAAAAAACGUCUGAUACCACCGACUUUCGACAAUAAUAUGGGUGCUGAGUUGCAAACAAUGAGUACAAACAAAGUGCCGCUACAACUUGAGGAAACUGAUUACAAAAUAGUGCCACAAAUUGAUGACGAAGCGCCGGCGCUGGUGGAGAAUGAGGAUGAGCUGGAUACGGCGCUCAAUACAGCGUUGUGUUCGCGUAGAAAUAGUAUAACAAUAGUUGUAGCGGACAAGUAAUUCUCCCACAAAGUACCACGGAUUUACUUUUUAUAGAGCUAUGAUUAGUUUCAAAGUAAAAGUUGUUGUUGUAUAUAAACCCAGUUUUGUAGUAAGUGUAAAUUACAAAUUCUUGAGAAAGUUUUAGUAUACACUUCCAACACUUUUUUUAAAGAAUUUUUAUAAAUAUAGCGUUAUAUAUUCCUUACUGUAAAUGUAUAUAAACGAUAGUAUUAAAGUUAAUUAUGUUCUAAAUCAUAGUUUUCUACUGUUUACAAAUGUAUUGUCAUUGUUUACUUU